AUGGGACGGAGAUCGAGAGGCAGACCGAUAGACGGAGGAGCGGACCUGGCCCCAAAAACUGACCUAUCCACCGCGUUUUGCGAGUCGGACCGUGCAAUGGAGACUUGGCUGGCAGGGCCGUGGGAUGGGAGACCAUGUGGUUCGGCAGAAGAUCGAGUUUCAGAGGUCUCAAUGACACGCGCGGUAGUUGAACAACUGGCACUGGGCCGUAUUUUCACGAAACAGGGAUCCUACGAUUUACUGAUACUUUGUAACGGAUCCCCUUCGGACGUCUCCUCUUCGAUGCCGUCUAGCCCACCGCCACCGCUUCCCCAGGGACGACGGACCUACUUCUCUUUUCGCCACAGCUCAUGGCUCAUCGUGGCUCUGAUGACGAUUGCAGUGGCCACGUUCUUGCGGACGCCAACUCUCUGGGACGGAAUUCGCAACAUCUUUGCAACCUCCUCAGCUGCAACCGACUGCGUGGACGCCCAUCAGUAUUUGACGGAUGUGAUGCCAGUCAAGGGGUUCCACGUGCUUUGCCUCAAGCCGACGACAAGUGACACGCUGAAAGUGACGGGGUUCAAGAACGGGAACUUUGCCAACGAGUCAGUGGAGACGCCACUUGACUGGGAGUCGUUUUCCCACACGGUCGAAGACGAGUUGCUCGAGAUUCCAAAGCCGUGUGACGAGCUCGCUCGAAAGUACCAGCAGCCCAUUGCGUACUUUACGCCGGACGGCGUUCGACUCGAGAGGAACGUGACGCUGUUGCAGGAUCAUCAGGUCUUGUUUGUCUUCGAGGGUGGUCAGUUCAUCUGGCCAGGGAUUCGCAUCGGACACAAAGCGGUCGUGGAGAACGCUUUUGGUCGUGGCGAUCUGGUACUCGAGACGAUAAGCAUGACACCACUCGUGUUCAGCGUCGAGGAAUUUCUCCAGGACAACGAGAUUGACGUCAUCCUCGAGUUGUCCCUGCCGCAUUUGGCACCGUCGAGCGUGGCGUUAAAGGACGGAGACGAAAACAAACCAGCCACAACUUGGCGCACGAGCACGACGUAUUGGUUGGACUCAUCCGCUCACCCUGUGGUGCAAGGCAUCGACAAACGCACGGUGGAUCUUGUCAAGGUGCCUGUGAGCCACCAGGAGAGUGUCCAAGUGCUGCGUUACGAGCCGACGCAGCACUAUGGCCAGCACAUGGACUACUUUGCGGCGGACCACUACCAAAAUUCUCCCGAUAUGCUCGAGGAGAUCGAGUAUGGUUACAAAAACCGCAUGAUCACGGUCUUCUGGUACAUGUCGGACGUCGCCAAGGGCGGACACACAAACUUCGCCCGUGCCGGUGGUUUGCCAUAUCCUCCGUCCAACAAGGGCUGUACCCAAGGCUUGAAGGUUGCCCCGAAGAAGGGCAAGGUGAUCGUGUUUUACAGCAUGCUGCCGAAUGGUGAGAACGACCCGAUGAGUCUACACGCAGGCUGUCCCGUCGAAGAGGGUGUCAAGCUCUCGGGCAACAAGUGGAUCUGGAACAAGCCGCACAAUAUGGCGACUGAGUAG